UAUAAAAAUGAUCCGAACUGAUCAAUUUCUAGCGGUACUAUUUCCAUACGCACGUCCGCACUACUAUUUCCUAGUACUAGUAUUUUCCAUUUUACUCCAUCUAGAAAGCAGAACUACUCCCCCAGUUUUUUAACAUUCCUUUGCACUAAAACGCAGAGAGAGAGAGAGAGAGAGAGAGAGAGAGAGCGAGUGAGUGAUGUGUAUCUGCGUACUACCGAGAAACGAAAGAAGCUCAACGGAAAUUAACAUCUGAGAAAACAGAAGCGACGUAACCACCGGGGGAGAACCCUAGAUUGACCUGCAAAUUGGUAAUUCUUGAUAAAUCUUGAGGGUGGUAUGAGGUUGAACGGAGAGAUCUCAGAGGACAUUGAUGAUGAUGAUGAUAAAGAGGAGAGAGAAGAACCAGAAGCCGAAGAACUGAUGAAAGCGUGUUCGAUCGGCGAUGGAGGACUGUUCACGCUGACCCAGAAUCUGGUGGUCGGUUACGCUCUCACAUCGAAGAAAAAGCAGAGCUUUUUACAGCCCAAACUCCUUUCUUUAGCCAGAAAUAAAGGUAUAUUUUUUGUUGCCAUUGAUCGAAGCAGGCCAUUGUCAGAUCAAGGUCCUUUUGACGUUGUUUUGCAUAAGUUGUCAGGAAAGGAAUGGUGCCAGGUUGUCGAGGAUUACAGGCUAAAACAUCCAGAAGUUACUGUUCUCGAUCCCCCAUAUUCCAUACAACACGUGUACAACCGUCAGUCUAUGCUUGAGGACGUGCCUGGUAUCAACUUGCCUGAGUGCUAUGGAAGAGUUGGCGUCCCACGGCAGCUGGUUAUCACAAAAGAUCCAUUGUCUGUUCCUGAUGAAGUUAAUAAAGCUGGAUUAAAGCUACCUCUAGUCGCGAAACCGCUGCUUGUGGAUGGAACUGCAAAAUCACACGAAUUAUUUAUUGCUUAUGAUGAAUUCUCCCUCUCAAACCUUGAACCUCCUUUCGUUGUACAGGAGUUUAUCAAUCAUGGUGGUGUUCUCUUUAAGGUUUACAUUAUCGGGGAAACCAUUAAGGUGGUUAGGCGCUUCUCUCUACCUGAUGUCUUUAAUCCUGAACUAUCGAAAAUUGGCGUAUUCCGUUUCCCUAGGGUGUCAAGUGCUGCAGCUUCUGCUGAGGAUGCUAAUCUUGACCCUGCUGUUGCUGCAUGUAUUGCAGAACUUCCGCCAACACCUUUGCUUGAGAGGCUUGCAAAGGAGCUGCGUCAUCGCCUGGGUCUCCGGCUGUUCAACAUAGAUAUCAUUCGAGAGCAUGGAACCAGAGAUCUAUACUAUGUUAUUGAUAUCAACUACUUCCCUGGGUUUGGAAAAAUGCCAGAAUACGAGCAUAUAUUUACAGAUUUUCUUCUAAGCCUCAUGCAGAGCAAGUACAAGGAGCGACUUGCUGCAUAAAUGGAAAUGUAUCCUCUGUGCAUGACAUUUUGGUCUAGAAAUUGAAACAGGAUAUGGUUUAAUGACUCAGGCCUCGCUUGAAGAUGGAUGCUUCUCAAAUCCCCAUGCAACCUUAACUGGAUUCUUGGCGCUUUUGUACUGUCAAAUGAGCUGAUAUGUGAUUAUGGUGUGUAUAACGAUUUGAUCUGCACCAGAUCUGCUCCAGCCUUUUUUUUUGGGAAGCAUCGGUGUUUACAUCGUGAAAUUUCUUGAUUGUGCUAAUUUGAUUGUGCCUGAUCUAGCAAUCUCACACAGUUGAGUAGAUUCUUCAAUUUCACCAUUUCUUCGUAAAAAAUUGACUGCACCAAGUGUUGAAUAUUGUGCUAAUACGUGGGUGUGUAAGUUCAUUCGUCAUUGGGGCUUACAAUUCACCUUGUGCCUCAUUCCUUCAAUCGAGCAAUCUUGUUCUUAAGACGUUGAUCAAUAACAGGCGGCCUCAGUCAUUGUCUGAUUUCUAG